AUGGUGUAUUGUGGGAAACCAAGCCGGGGAUGCGAAAACUGUCGGAGAUUGCACACCAAGUGUGAUCAGCGACGUCCUUCUUGCUCAAGAUGCGUACGGAUGAAGAGGACGUGUGUUGGAUACAGGGAUCAGUCAACGCUGAUGUUCCGUGACGAGACCGUGAGGACGCAAAUCAAAGCUCAACGAAGGCAUGCAGGCAGAGACCCAAACUUCCCUCACCACCUUGCUCCCCCGCCAUCGUCUCUUCUUUCUCCACAAAGCCAGGAUAUUGCCGUUUGCUAUUUCUAUACCACCACGUUGAGCAAUCUUUCAGAAAAAGACCCUGCACGCCAGCUUCAAAUGCACCUCCCAAGCCUGUACGCCAAAAGUAGGAUCGGGUCUGCUCUGCGCUUGGCAACUGAGUCAAUCUCGCACGUCCUGAUUCCUCAUUUGGUACCAGAAUCCAAGAGAACGGCAAGCAAAAAAUAUGAUGCGGCCCUCAUUGCAAUUCAACACGCAAUCCAGGAUCCUAUCCAAGUAAAAACCGAUGAGACAUUGUACGCAGUCCUCCUACUCUGUGGCUAUGAGACCAUAACUCGGGAAACAACCUUGCGUUCUGCUUGGGACACUCAUGUCAGCGGGGGAGCUGCUCUGGUACAAUAUCGAGGGUCAGGUCUGCUACAGUCACAACUGGCACAAGGCCUAUUCUGCUUUGUUCGCAAAAGUGUUGUUUUGAGUCAUAUACAAGCCUGCUCCCCAGUCGACGAGGUCUUCACCAAACCCGGCGCAUACCAGGACCCGGAGAACCAGCUCUUCGCAAUAGCAUCCAGAAUACCCACACUACAGAGCCAUUGCCUCUUCCUUCUGAAUCAUUCGGAGGGUGCAGAUAAGUCUCACGCGGAGGAGUUGGUUACGAGCUUGGGGGCCAUGGACGAGAAGCUCUCACAUUGGGUAGGGGACCUUCCAAACUCUUGGUCAUAUGCCCAUGCAACCGAAAUCAAAACUGGCUCAAAUACGCGAGACUUUUCUCUCAAGCAUAUCCACCGAUAUCCAGAUUUCUAUGUGGCUCGUGUUUGGAAUCUCUAUCGCGUUUCGCGACUCAUUCUGCUAUCGCUGCUGUGUCGAGUAACGGCCUUGUUACAAACAGGCGACAAUGCAAAUCAGCGUAUGGCGAUCGACACCGACAACGCAGAAAGAGACAGCAAAAUCCAAGACAUCGUGGAUGACAUUUGUGCCAGUGUCCCAUUCCUUUUAGGGCAUAAUCUUUCGAGAAUGACUGUACCGGCAGGUGCGGGAAAAGGUGGUCAGCGACGCCAAGAAUGGCACGGCCCCCAAGUCGAUUUAGGAGAUGGGAAUCAAGCCAAACAGCCUUCGACUGGAAGCUUCUCUCUUAUCUGGCCCUUGUAUGUGGCAUCAAGUGCAGUCACAAUACCAGAGAAUCAACGACAAUGGAUCGGCUGGCAACUCCAGAGCAUUGCUGCUAACGGAGACUCGCAAGCGCAGUUGGCUCUAACUACACCAAGCCAAACUCUCCUCGGUCGCCCCGAAUCACUCCGGUUUGAUUGCGUGUAG